CGUCGCGUGAACGUUUCUCGACACGUUCGUUCAUACGUGAUUUUAUUUAUUUUACAUUCACUCAGUUUUCUUGCUGUUUCCCGUCGUAUUUUGUUUCACUGUUGAGGUGUGCUGUGCAGAUUUAAAAUAUAAUAAAUCGAUUGAUUGUGUCUAUAUUUUUGUAAAAUUUAAAUAAUAGGUACUUCCUUUUGACUUUUACAGAUCAAUUCGGUAGAUCAAAAACAUAUACAUUGACAAUGAAUCCGUCCGCCAAAGAGAUCCGGGAUCGGUACAUUCAAUUUUUCAUCAAAAAGAAAAAUCACGAAUAUGUAUAUUCGUCAUCCGUCGUUCCUUUAGACGACCCUACAUUAUUAUUCGCCAACGCCGGGAUGAAUCAGUUCAAACCGAUAUUCUUAGGUACCGUUGAUCCAUCGUCCGAUAUGGCCAAGUGGACCCGAGCUGUUAACACACAAAAAUGUAUUCGUGCCGGAGGAAAACACAACGAUCUAGACGAUGUCGGUAAGGACGUCUAUCAUCAUACGUUUUUUGAAAUGCUGGGAAACUGGUCUUUCGGCGACUACUUUAAAACCGAGAUAUGCCAGUGGGCUUGGGAGUUUUUAACGCAAGAAUUUCAACUGUCGCCCGACCGUUUGUAUGUCACAUACUUUGGCGGCGAUGCAAAAUCCGGCCUCGAACCCGAUUUGGAGUGUAAAAAUAUCUGGUUGAAUUUAGGGUUGCCCGAAAGCCACAUUAUCCCCGGCAACAUGAAAGACAAUUUUUGGGAAAUGGGCGAAACCGGACCGUGCGGCCCUUGUUCUGAAAUACAUUACGACCGUAUUGGCAAUCGUUUGGCGGCCGAUUUAGUUAACCAAGACGAUCCGGACGUGUUGGAAAUUUGGAACCUUGUAUUUAUGCAAUUUAACCGAGAAAAAGACGGUAGUUUGAAAAACUUGCCGAAAAAGCACAUCGAUUGCGGUAUGGGGUUCGAACGUCUCGUCUCGGUCAUUCAGGACAAACGGUCAAAUUAUGACACCGACGUGUUUCAGCCUUUGUUCGUCGCUAUUCAAAGCGGUACGAACGCUCCGCCUUACGAAGGUAAAGUAGGCGCAGAAGACGUCGAUCAGAAAGACAUGGCCUACCGAGUGCUGGCCGACCAUGCCCGUACAUUGACAAUCGCAUUGUCCGACGGAGGGCGACCCGACAAUACCGGUCGUGGAUACGUAUUGAGACGUAUUCUCAGACGCGCCGUCAGAUACGCCACAGAAAAGUUAAACGGUAAACCUGGAUUUUUCGCCUCUCUGGUCAAUGUAGUCGUUGGUUUACUCGGAGACACUUUUCCCGAAGUAACAAAAGACCCUCAGCUAGUAAUGGAAAUCAUUAACGAAGAAGAAGAACAGUUUUUGCGAACGUUAUUGCGCGGACGUAACCUUUUAAAUAGAACUAUUUUAAAAUUGACUGACAAAAUUAUACCCGGCGAAGUCGCUUGGAGGUUGUACGACACAUAUGGAUUUCCUGUAGAUUUGACACAUCUGAUGGUUGAAGAAAAAGGAUUCGCUAUAGAUAUGGAAGCCUACGAAGAAGCGAAAAAAAAAGCGCAGAUUAUUAGUCAAAACAAGACCGGUGGAAAUAAAGAAAUUGUUUCCUUGGACGUUCAUGCUUUGGCGGAUCUACAGGCAAAAGGAAUGCCAACCACCGAUGAUUCGCCAAAAUAUUGCUAUAGUGCCAUCACAGAUGGCCCAAAUGCAGAAUACGUCUUUGAACCUUGUACAUCAAAAGUGUUAGGUAUCCGAAUAAUUAGCGAAUUUGUUAAUGAAGUAGGCGCUUUACAAGAAUGUGGCAUUAUACUUGAUAAAACAUGUUUUUAUGCCGAACAGGGAGGUCAAAUUUACGAUGAAGGAUCUAUGAUUAAAGACGAAGACACAGAGUUCUAUGUUAAAAAUGUUCAAGUUCGCGCUGGCUAUAUUUUGCAUGUUGGCAUUUUAGAAAGCGGUAGUCUAAAAGUGGGCGAUCAAGUAGUACUAAAAAUUGAUGAUAAAAGAAGACGACUAGUGAUGAACAACCACACCGCUACUCAUACUUUAAAUCACACUUUACGUGUUGUUUUGGGUGAUAUUUCAAAUCAAAAAGGAUCAUUAGUCGCGCCGGACAGAUUACGUUUUGAUUUUACUAACAAAUCUGCUAUGACUGUAGAUCAAGUCGCAAAGGUAGAACAAUUAACAAAUGAUAUAAUCAAUAGAAAUGAUCUGAUGUAUGCCAAAGUUGCACCUUUAAAUGAAGCUAAACACAUAAAAGGUUUGCGAGCUAUGUUUGAUGAAACUUACCCAGAUCCAGUGAGAGUUGUUUCAUUGGGAGUACCAAUAGAAAAACUGCUAACAGAUCCUGAAGGAACUUCGGGAUUAGAAACUUCUGUAGAGUUUUGUGGAGGCACUCAUUUACAUAAAACCGGACACAUGGAACGUUUUGCAAUACUCACUGAAGAAGCAAUAGCUAAAGGUAUACGAAGAAUCGUUGCAUUAACUGGUCCAGAAGCAACAAAGGCGUAUAAUAGAGCUGAUGAACUAAAAAAAUAUGUGAUGCAACUGGACGUUAAUGAUCCGAAUUUGGCUAAGGCUGUGAAUGAUGCACAAGAUAAGAUAAGCAAGUCUGUAAUACCUUAUUGGGUAAAAGAAGAAUUGAGAUGUGUACUGUCAGGCCUUAAAAAAGGUAUUGCAGACGAAGAGCGAAAACGUCAAGCUGCUAUAGCCACUAUUAUCACGGAAACGGUUAAAGAGAAAAUACUGGCCGAGGCGAAUAAAUCUGUAUUUGUUUAUAAACUUGAUGUAGGAUCUAAUACCAAGGCUAUCGACACAGCAUUGAAGCAAGUAAAAACAAUUAAGCCUGAUAUUGCAGUAAUGUUAUUAUCUGAAGAUAAAGAAGUCUGUAAAAUAUUUUGUCACUGUGCAGUAUCUAAAAACUUAAACAAUAAAGGACUUAAGGCAAAUGAGUGGGUGAACAAAGUAGCUUCUUCAAUUAAUGGUAAAGGCGGUGGCAAGGCUGACUCUGCUCAGGCGUCUGGAACAAACAGUCAAAAUAUUGAUAGUCUAGUAAAUAUUGCAGAAGAAUUUGCUGUUCUAUCAAUUGAUAAGUAAAUUAAUAAUAAUAUAUUUGUGUUUAUUGAAUAAUUGUAUAUGCCAUUGUUUGUAAGUAUUAAGUUUUCAGUGAUAUUAUUUUAAUAAUAAAAAUAAUAUUUGUGUAAAUUGUUUAUAAUAUAUAAUAUUUUUCUAUCA